AUGAAGUCUGCUGAUGUAACAGCUGACAAUCAAGCUCAAGUCUUACAAAAAUUUACGAUUAAUGAUAAAACGACAAAAAGGGCAAAAUUCAAAGUUAAUAAUAAAGUGUACGUGAAUAAAGCUAAAAAUGCCUUUGAAAAAGGCUACACGCCAACCGAAAUAUUUACAGUUUAUAAAGCAUUAAAAACUCAUUCAGUUACUUAUUAUUUAAAAGAUUAUAAGGAUCAGCUGAUCUCUGAUGGAUUUUACGAACAAGAGCUUCUAAAAUCCAAGUAUCCAGACAUAUUUCUAGUGGAGAAAGUUAUGAAAAAACGUAUUAAUAUGCUUUAUGUUAAAUGGCUGGGAUUCGAUAAAUCACAUAACAGUUGGAUUGACAAGUCAGAUGUUUAA